UUUGUUAUAUAAUGAAUUAGUUGCAUCUUUUUAUUUCUCAUUAAUCUGGACUAUUUAGCUGAUAUAUUAAUCUAUCAUAUAUAAUGUAUAUUCUAAUUAGUCUUCAGGGUGCGUCAAAAAUAAGUUAUAAGCAUUUUACUUAUUUUUUACCAGAGACUUAAUAGUAAAAGAUAUAUGUUUGAAGGAUGUUUAAUUUUUUAAAAAUUAUGAUUAGGUAGAAAACAAUUACUAUGAUAAGUAUUAGAAAGAAUUGAAGAAAAGUUAUAUUCAACCUCAAAAAACAAGUUAAAUAAGCUUCUGUAUGGAAUCUUUUAUUAAUUAUCAGGAUUAAUAGAAUUGUUUAAUGCCAAUAAAGAAUCAAUAAGUCGUUAGUGUGCGUUUGAGCGAAGUAAAUAUUGCGAAUAAACAUGAAAUCAAAAGAAUGCUUAUUUUUAACAUAGCAUUGGUAAUACCUCAAUGUCUAUUCAUUUGCUUAACACGGAUCCAAUCUUGAAAUGCUUUAGUAAUUCUACUCUUCCUUACGUAGAUGCACAACUAAGCGAAUGUGCAGAUUUUGAAAUGAGAAUGGGUGACUGUUUAGAAGCUUAUGGCCUCAAUAAAGGAAAAACAAAAUGUGAAGACUUUAUAUCUGAUUUAAGAGAAUGUCUACUCAAAGGAAAACAAAAACAGCGCGUUGUAUUAAUGAGAAAAGAACAUGUCAGGCAGUAUCAAAAUGGAGAAAGAGAGUCAAUGUUUUCAAAAACUCCAAAUUAUAAUGCUUACUAAAUAGAUUUAUUUCAAUUUUAGUUGUUGUAAUGCAAGACAAAAAUAAUACUGAUCCCAAUUAAUUAUUAUAUAAAUAAAAUUUAAAUUAUAAUAAAUAAGCAAA